AUGAACCCUCAGACUGUCGAGCUGGUGGUACGUACGCUGCAGACGACAGCUAUAGUGUCUGUUAUCUUUGCGGCUUGUGCCUUUAUCCCACGACUACACUAUAGAGCCCAGAUUAAAAAACUGCCUGCUCUGACCCUCCAAGGAGACACCAAAGCGAGGAAUGACUUCAUAACUUCUGCGAAGAAGUUAUAUAAGGAGGGGUAUAGCAAGUUUAGAGGCUCUGUAUUCACACUCAUCAAUGAGAGUGGCAAGGAAAACGUCGUCAUCCCUCCAUGUUUUUUACCCGAGCUUCGAAAGUUGCCCGAGAAUGUUCUUAAUCUCCCAUUGGCUACCUCAGAUGUCCUAGAAGCCAAAUACACAAAAUUUCCAAUCGAGAACCACGCAGCCGCCUUUUCAGUCAGAGCAAAACUUACCCCAGCGCUACAACGGCUGAACGCAGCCAUACUUCAGGAUGUUAAUGACGCAAUCGAGACCUAUUUACCCCCAUGUAACGACUGGACUGAGGUAAAUGUCAAUGAGAAACUAAUCCGCAUUAUUUCUAAGGUUUCGGGUGGAGUUUUUGUCGGCCGAGAGCUAGCUAGGGAUCUCGAAUAUCUCGAUCUUAGCUGUUUCUACGCUGUUGAACUUACAAACGCUGUUGCUAGCUUAAAGAAGCUUCCACCAUGGCUAAAACCUUUUUUAGCGUCACGUACGCCAGAAAUCAUUGCACUUCGCGCGCGCGAGAAACAAACUAUAAGAGUUCUUCGCCCUAUAGUUAAAGGGCGAAUGGUGGCUAAGGCCAAUGAUCCUAACUGGCAGGAGCCAGACGACGUAUUGCAAUGGUUGAUCAACGAAAGCAAUGGUACUGAUUCGGUUGAGACGCUUGCCACUGUGCUGCUGGCCUUAAUCUUCGGUGCUACCCAUACUACCACCAUCACCUUGACAAGCAUCUUGUAUACCCUCGCUGUUACACCAGAGUAUGUAGAGCCUCUCCGUCAGGAGAUUUGUAACGUCUUAGCUGAAGAGGGUGGCACCCUUACGUUCCGUGGACUUCAGAAGCUGAAAAAGCUCGACAGCUACAUGAAGGAGGUUUUGCGAUUCUACGGACCUUUCGUCACAUCUUUUACCCGCCGCACACUCAAGGGCAUAACUCUCAGCAACGGCCAAUAUAUUCCCGCCGGCGUCAUGAUUGAAGUUCCCACGGUGGCUGUCUACCAAGACGAAUUGCUCUACCCUUCUUCUGGAACCUUUGAUGGCUUCCGCGCCUAUAAGACCUGUUCUACUGGCAACGCCGCAGAUAUCGCCCGCAACCAAUUUGCUACCUCUAAUGAAGAGAACCUGACUUUUGGCUAUGGUAGACACGCUUGUCCUGGUCGUUUCUAUGCCGCAAAUGAAAUUAAAAUGAUCCUGGCCCGUCUCAUCCUCGACUACGAUAUCAAGAUGCCUAAUAACGAGCGAGAGAGACAUGCUCAAAUCGAUGUUGGCAAGAUCUCAUUGCCAGAUCCAACCAAGAUGCUGGCGUUCAAGAAAGUAGCGGUUGAACGCGGACAAGGCAAAUAA